CGAAAUCUCGUGAUAUUUACUCCAUCACUUCAAAUUUCAAUAUGGCGGCGGUACCUUUGCCUCAGCACCAGAAUGAUUCCUGGUAUUUGUCUCUUUUGGGUCUCGCAGAAAGUUUCAGGACUGCUAAUCCGCCCAAAAUCAAGCUAUGUAUCCACUGCUUGGAAAGUAUUUUCCAGUUCAACCCACCUCCCGGGAUCGAGGCCCGGACACACUUGCAACUCGGCAGCUUAUUGUUUACCCACACCAAAAACACCGACCUGGCGCGCUCCCACUUGGAAAAGGCGUGGCUGCUGACACAAACCGUCCCUGGAUUUGACGAUGUCAGAUACGAGGCAGCAGCCAUUUUGGCAAACCUUUAUUACAAACACCAAAACCAGAUUCAGCUUGCCAAGUCGUUGUUGAGGAAAGCCAUCAGCACAUCGCAGCCAGCACCUUACUGGCACUUCAGACUGCUCUUCCAGUUAGCGCAAAUCCAUGCAUGGGAAGGAGACAACAUAUCAGCCUGCGAGCUGUUGGGACAUGGAGCAGAGUCUGCUGCCAUGGCAGGGGCAUACUACACAAGUGUGGGGUGGAGCUCACAUCAGACCAACACUAGGGUAAUGUUUAUGCUGAGCAAGGCAAUGCUUCUGCUGAUGGACAAGAAGUUCCAUGAGGUCCACCCCCUGUUGGCUCUGUGUAACAGCAUGUUGGAGUCCUGGACUGGACACCCCACUCAUAGAGAAACACUCAGAGUGUAUCUACUGGUGCUGCAAGUCACCAACUUCCUCAUGGUUGGACAGGUAAAAAGUGUCAAACCGUACUUGAAACAGUUGCAGCAGAGUAUACAGACCAUCACAGCUCUCCACACAGAUGACGAGCCCCCUCCUUCCCACCCUGCAGACCUGUUCCAGUGGCUCCCCAAGGAGCACAUGUGUGUCCUGGUCUACCUGGUUACUGUGAUGCACUCCAUGCAAGCAGGCUACAUGGACAAGGCACAGAAGUACACAGACAAGGCCCUCAUGCAGAUAGAGAAACUUAAAAUCCUGGACUCCAGCCCAAUCCUGUCCACCUUCCAGCUGAUGUUGUUAGAACACAUCAUCAUGUGCAGACUAGUCAUGGGGCAGCAGUCCAUAGCAGUGCAGGAGAUAUCACAGGCCUGCCAUGUGUGCCACGAGCAGCCUAAGCUGUUUGUGACCCAUGGAGCCCAGCUGCACACGUUACUGGGGCUGUACGCCAUGUCCAUGGGCUGUCUGGACAGUGCAGAGGGACAACUGAAUGCAGCGCUUAGGAUCAUGUCGAACACCAUGGCCGCCUCACGUCUCGCAAGCUCCACUCACCCAAGACCACAGACAGAAUCCAGGUUAUCCCAACAGCCAGAACUGUGGAUGUUCACAUCAUUGAACCUGGCCAUUGUCUACCUCAGGAGUGGGAAGAACCAGCAGCUAUUAAGUUUACUAGAAAGAAUAAAUCCAGACACCUAUCCCAGUAGUUCUCAUGCAAUGACAGCAGCUGGCUACUACAUCAGGGGCUUGCAAUCAUUCUUCCAGGAAAGAUAUCACGAAGCAAAGAGAUACCUUAGAGAAACCCUGAAGAUGUCCAACGCAGAAGACUUGAAUAGAUUGACGUCUUGUUCACUGGUCCUGCUAGGUCAUAUCUUCUUGUCAUUAGGGAACAGCAGAGAAAGUAUGAACAUGGUCCUCCCAGCUAUGCAGCUUGCCAGCAAAAUUCCAGAUGUGGACAUUCAGAUGUGGUCAGCACACUUACUCAAAGAUCUGUAUCACAUGAUGGGUGAUCCCAUUCGAGCAGGGGAGGGGGGACAGAUGCACUACAACUUCUCUCAGCAGCAGAUGAACGAGCGCUUUAGGUCUUCCCAGCAGAUAGAGCACAACUUGAUACAGUGGUUAGAUGGACCAUGCCCCAUGCACCUGGCAGUCACCGACGGGCCCAGCCACAGUGGAACCAUCUUGUAGCACAGGCUGGUCACCACUGUUUGUUUGUAGCAUAGGAUGUAAAGCACACAACAUAAGGUGCCUGAGAGGCUCUGCCCUACAGCAAGGAGUAACAACUGCAAGGAUCUGCCUAUAUUGUAGCUUCUGCAACUGUUCCAAUGCCAGACAAGUCAAGAGUUUGGGAGGGGGCGGGGAUUUAAAGGUCACAGUCACCUCAAAUUAAUUCCUCUUGAUACUGCAGACUGCAUGUAUCCUGGCAUAACAUACCUUUCAAAGAAAAUGUAUCUUAUUGUGAUCAUUUGUCAUCGCUUAUGCCAAAAAUAAAGGAAACCAAAAACAUACCUUUUCGUUAUUGAAAGGAAAUCAGAAGUAAGUUUUGGAACAUGUAACUGCAAUGUCUACAUACAAAGCAUAUCCUUGCAGUGUCAAUCCUUACCAGUGCACAUGUCAUUGAAGAACAAGGGAAUGGGAUAGAACACUGGCCUCUUCUGUAAAUGCCCUAACUCAAAAAUUCUAGAAUUAAGCAACACAAACUACAUUUGGUCCUAAUGCAUGAUUUUGUUACCAUUCCCACCUUAGAACUUUUUUUUACAAUCACAACCUAAUGAAAUAUGAGACCUUCCUGAACAUUCGCUAUAGUUUUCAAUUAUAUGUGCAUUGGAAACUUUGCCAAGGAAGUCAGCUUAAAUAUUGUACAUAUUUGAAUAUAACCUAUUUUGAGUAAAUACGGUGUGAAAGUGGAACAUACAAGCUCUGACAACAGGAAAACUUUGUACAAAUUGAUGUGUCAGACUUCCUUGAUGGUGUUUCUAUGUUGGGAGAAAUGUUUUACCUAUAAAAAAAACUGUACACAAAAUACCUUGCUCUCAAUACUUGUGGCCCAAAUUCUCUUCUACAAUGGAAAACUACAUGUACUGAAGAUUGCUUCCAGAUAAGAGACUAGUGUGCAGAGACUAGUAUGAUUUCUGGAGUUUGAGCCACCAGAUUUGAUACAAGGGACUGUCCAUGUGGGUGUUGCAUUUGAUCUAAAAUGUUGUCCAGGAAAUGUACAUGUCGGGUUGGUUUACACAAUGUAUAUUAGAAGGGUCCACAAAAUAUUUUACAUGGAAAAAAUUUGGUCCAUAUUUUUUACGGUCAUUCCAUAACUUCUCUCUAGUUUCAUCAAAUUACUGUUCUGAUGAUGGUCAUGUCCUGAUUGAAGUAUUUUUCUGUACUGAUGAAGUGAAGUAUUUGAUGUGAAGAGCAAGUUUGCCAUGCAGAAAGCAUUUUCUCUAAAGCACCUUUUGUAAAGAUAUGUGUAAAUAUAACAAUACAGCAGUACUUGUAUUAUAAAAAAAAUCACUGUUAGUGUCAGUCAGUGCAUGUAGUUGUUGCUUGUCUGAGGGAAUGGUGUCAAUUCAGCAUAGGAAGAUGUCAGCUUGUGCUAUUGUCAGUGCUAUCAAUUGCCAAUUUUUGGUGUACAUAUAGCAUCUACUAAUACCAAGGUGGCCCUAACAUUGUGUUGGUACACAUCUGCAUGUGUGGUUCCAGUCCAUGGUAAAAUGUUCUAUCAAAAAAGAAAAUUCAGAGAGCCCUCCGCUUAAGACCAUCAUCCUAUUCUGCAUUAGUAUCUUCUCUGUUGUUGAUGCACAGUCCGGUAGCCAAGUUGAGCAAACCGCCCCCAGACACUGGUGUAGGAAAAGUUUGUACAUACAUGUAGCAGCUGUAGUAAUGCUGAUGAGGCCAUGGGCAUCGGGUUAGAAGUGCGAAGGGAUGUUGCAGUUAAGUGCAUGUAUUAACAUGACCAGAUGGCACAGAAAUCUAGGUUAUGGCAUAAUAAUGAAUUACAAUAUUCAAAGACAAAACAAUAUGACCACCUAUAAAAUGUUGAUGUGGAAAUGCCUCACCCUUUGAAGCUUUGUUGAGAUAUUUACCUGUAAUUUAAAGAUGUCAGUUAUGUAUGUUAGGUUUAUCAAGGUGUUCUAUUUUUACAUUUUUAUAAAGACUGCUGACAGAUUUUAUCAUUAUUUGUGUUUCCAGUUAAUUGUUAAGGACACUGUCUCUCCAGAUGGGAGCAUAGCCAAUAUACUUGAAGAUGUUGUGUGUUUCAGGUUCAGUGUUUGUUAGAGUAGUGUUAUAUACAUGACAUGUUCCAAAGUGUCUGGAUAUGGUAGUGCUGUACACACCUGUCUGGAGAUCUCUUUGUAAAGGUGACACAGUCCAUCUUUACUUGCUACUGUCAUGCUAGUACAAUGUUACAUUUUUUAUUUGCUUUUGUGCUAUACCUACAUCUGUAAUAUGUUGUAAUGCUUGGAAGAGAUCCUGCAGUCAAUGCAAGUUAACUAAUUCCUUGGAACAGUGAAACUUCUGUACAGUAGGAAAUGUGUUGUGUGGCUGUAACUUUGACAGUUAUACAACACAGAAAGCAUCUGUCAAAAGUUAAACAUGCUGUAACAAUAGACAACAGCAAAAAAUUCAUAGCACUCAACUGUUAUUUCUGAUUUACUUUGGAACAUUCCACUUGAAAUCAUCCAUUACAUUGUUGACUUUUGCUUUUGAUUACUCAUUGUAUCUGUCCUUUUGUAAGCAAGAAGUGUAUUCAGGACUUUCAUCUAAUGGAAGUUCUAAUGGCCUAAAUAUCUACCCACCACAGUAAUUCAGAUGAAAAUUUGAUAGCUUUUCUGCUGAUAAAUUUGAAGCCUGCAAAUUCUUCAUGGUGGGGGAACCAAACAUUUUUUUCUUGACAGCUGCCUUUUACCAAGUAUUUUCUUCUUUACUGUUAUUGCCUUCCAUACAAAUAAGUUUUUCUGUAGACUAGUGUAGACUUAGUAAAGCACCUUCUCUGUUCCAUCUUGCUAUACUAUAGCAUACAAAUUAUAGUUAACCAUCUCAAAUAUCAGUGUAUAUAGAAUGCUUGUUCAAAAUAAAGUCCCAAAACUAAACCUUUUUAUAAGUUAUAGUCUGUUUAUUUUAUUUUGUUAACUCCACAAAAUCUGUGUUCUUUAACUUAUAUGUUCUUCCUAAUUUCACUAAUAAAACCAGUUGUGUUGCUGACUUGCAAUGUAUUAGUGUAGUGUUGUUAUCUUGUUGCAACUAACCUCUAAAAUAUGACAGGGGUGGAAGUUUAUGUCAUUUGGCAAUGUAUGUUAUGACUCAUGGGAAGUUCUGCUGUAGCACUCUCAGCAAGCUGCCAUGAGAAUCCAUCUAUUGUAUCACUAUCAAUAUAAUGUCUCUGAUCCUGAAUGUUUUAAGAGUUGCAGUCUCCAUGCAGUUCUUUUCAGGAUGUGAUUUGUACAGGUAUAAACUCUUGUAUUUAUAAUUGUAAUGUUCCACUUUUGUAUGUUCCAUACUUCAGAAGAAUGACAAACUGUAGCAGAGCAAAAAGCAUUUAUCUAGGUCUUAGCCUUUUGCACAUAUAGUAUGUUUUGAGAUCUUGUGGCAGACCAAAUACUGUUUUCAGACCAAGGAAUUCGAAAGGUAUCUGACAUUUUGUUAUUUAUUUUUAUUAAGUAUUAUUACUCAGAUUGUUGUUGAAUGGAUGGGUAUUGUAAAAAAAAUAAA